CCUCAGGAUCUACUACCGGUUAACGUCAACAUUAGUGCUGCGGAUGCGUGAUGUAACAAACAGUGGGGAUAUUUCUUAACUUAUCGCAACAAGUUUUGCUUUUUAGUUAAAAAAUUACGUUCUGAACGACAGUUUGGAUUAACGCUGUCGUAUUUGUUGUCCGUCGCUUUGUAUUCAGUUAAACCGUCACACGGUUGAACUGUCAGUCUUCAUCGUGUGCUAACGUUAGCAACUCCGUAACCGUUUCUACAUGGGAGCUAGCUAGCUAGCAGCCGCUGGACUUUCUUCGAUAUCACUCCUUUUUUACGAGUUAUUUUUUUGAAACUUCCUGUAGCGUCUUCUCCUCUUUGUUAACCCCACAUCCCCACCCACUGGGCCUCCCUAUGUACUUACUUUGAGGCGCUGGCUGCCAGCGGAGUCCCCCCACCUGAACCCUCUCGUUGAGUGGAUCUAUCUUUAAAUGGCCACCGCCGCCCCCCCUCCAGCCGCUGGCCCUGCUGCUGCGGCCACUGAAAACACAAGUCCCGGAGCCAGCAGCUCGACUGCGGCCGACAGUGGCAACCAGGACAGCACUUUUGAGUGUAAUAUAUGUCUGGACACGGCUAAGGAUGCAGUCAUCAGCCUGUGUGGACACCUCUUCUGUUGGCCUUGCUUGCAUCAGUGGUUGGAGACCAGACCCAACAGACAAGUGUGUCCAGUGUGUAAAGCAGGCAUCAGCCGAGACAAAGUUAUCCCCUUGUAUGGACGGGGAAGCACGGGUCAACAAGACCCCAGAGAAAGAACACCUCCUCGACCACAGGGGCAAAGGCCUGAGCCAGAAAACCGUGGUGGCUUCCAAGGGUUUGGCUUUGGAGAUGGGGGUUUCCAAAUGUCGUUUGGAAUCGGUGCCUUUCCAUUUGGUAUUUUUGCAACAGCUUUUAACAUCAAUGAUGGCAGACCUCCUCCAGCGGCUCCCGGGACACCGCAGCACAUGGACGAACAGUUUCUGUCUCGACUCUUCCUGUUUGUUGCUCUGGUGAUUAUGUUUUGGCUGCUGAUUGCAUAAAUGCACGGAGAGGCAACUCGACAGAGAUGCGACAUAAUGGCACACCAUCACGGUUUACAAUAAUUUGAUUUUGUCACCUUUCUGGUGUUUUUUUUUUCUCCUUGACAUGAAGCCAUGUGAGAUUUAAAUGAAACAGGUUUUUCCAAAAUAAAGAUAUCUGUGUUAUUCCCUGGAUAA